UCCUCAAAGUUUGCUCGCUGAGCUCGGCUCAUCGCACUUGCUGCAACACGUCUUGUCAACCUCGCACUUUACGCGUGAACCAGGGAGACAGUGAUAGUGAAAGGGGUCGGAGUAGCUGGAUGUAAAGGGUACAGGAUCGAAAUUUAAAAUUGUGCAGAUCCGUGGAUUUAAGGCAAGCCAAUAAAAGUGGACGUUGCAGUGAAAUUGAUGUUGCAAUCGGGAACUCUUCCCUCAACAUGAGGGGCCGUCAAUGAUACGGGUAUUGAACAAACCUGUUGCGAAGUUCAAUGUCCUUGUUCUAAGUCUUGGGUGAGAGCACUCAGCGCAAUUACGCACGGCAUCAUUAUGGUUUUAUUUUUGGAUAGACGUGUCCCUGCUUUGUUCCUACUUUGGGGCUACUGCGUUUUUGCGGACACUGUCUUUUCGAACUUUACCCUGGACAACGAGGUCCACUCCAGUUUCAUCCACCGGCGGCUGAAGAGCCAGGAGCGUCGGGAGAUGCAGCGGGAAAUCCUCUCGAUCCUCGGGCUACCGCACCGGCCGCGACCGCAUCUCCACGGGAAGCACAACGCGGCACCGAUGUUCAUGCUGGACCUGUACAAUGCCAUGUCCACGGAGGGGAAAGAGGAUGGGUACUCCUACCCAUACAAACCCAUCUUCACCACCCAGGGGCCGCCGAUAGCCACUCUUCAGGACAACAACUUCCUAAACGACGCAGACAUGGUUAUGAGCUUUGUCAAUUUAGUGGAACACGAUACAGAGCUCCUACCCGUCCGGCGGCACCACCGAGAGUUCCGUUUCGACCUAUCACGUAUUCCUGAGGGGGAAGCGGUCACCACUGCAGAGUUCCGCAUCUAUAAGGACUUCAUCCACGAACGCUUUGACAAUGAAACCUUCCGCAUCAGUGUCUACCAGGUGCUGGAGGAACACAUUGACAGGGAGCCAGACCUGUUUCUGUUGGACUCGAGGGUCAUCUGGGCGGCUGAGGACGGCUGGCUGGUGUUUGAUUUGACAGUGACCAGUAACCAAUGGGUCUUGAACCCUGGACACAACCUGGGCCUGCAGCUGGCUCUGGAGAGUACUGACGGUGUGAGUGUGAACCCGCGGUUGGCAGGGCUGAUCGGCCGCAGUGGUCCUCAGAAUAAACAGCCCUUCAUGGUGGCCUUCUUCAAAGCCACCGAGGUGCACCUGCGCAGCAUCCGCUCAGCAACAGGGGGCACCAAACAACGCAACCCCAACCGCUCCAAAGGGGCCAACAAGGGCCAGGAGGCACUCCGAGUGGCCAACAUUGCAGAGAACAGCAGUGCUGAUCAGAAGCAGGCGUGUAAGAAACACGAGCUCUACGUCAGCUUCAGAGAUCUGGGGUGGCAGGACUGGAUCAUAGCUCCAGAGGGCUAUGCAGCAUACUACUGUGAGGGAGAGUGUGCCUUCCCUCUCAACUCCUAUAUGAACGCCACAAACCAUGCCAUCGUGCAGACACUCGUCCACCUAAUAAACCCAGACACCAUUCCUAAGCCCUGCUGUGCCCCAACCCAGCUCCAUGCCAUCUCGGUGCUCUACUUUGACGACAGCUCCAAUGUCAUCCUCAAGAAGUACCGCAAUAUGGUGGUCAGAGCCUGUGGCUGCCAUUAGACUACAGCCAACCUCUCAACACACACACACACACUCACGCACACAUCUACAUAUCCCUCAACGCAGGUCACUUUCAUCGAGACUCUAGACUUUCUUCCCCAGAUUCACCUGAAUGGACACAUGAAUGGACUGCAUUUCCCAGUGUGCCUUGCUGAGCUCCUGGACGGGAGCUACAUGAGGACCGGCAGACAAUCAUGCUUAUUGAGUUCAACAUGGAACACACACACACACAUACUUCCUGUGCUUUCUACUGUGUAUGAGACAUUUUAAACAGUGAUUGUAUAGUAAUACACAGUUAACAAUAUUUUGUUCAUUUAAAUGUUUUUUAAAAUUGUAUUUCACUCUGUUUUUCUAGAUAUUUUUGAUCAAUUACGUAUUUGUAUGUUUUUUAUGACUGAAUGGCUAUAGGAAGUGUGGAUGCUCUAUGGACUCUUCAUGGACCAUACUGUGUAAAUAGUUUUUUAAACAAAGAGAAGUGUAUUUAUUUCCUGGUCUUGGGCAUGUUAAGGAUUUUUCUCCUGUGUGUCUCUCUCUCUCUCGCUCUUUCUCUCUCUCUCUCUCUCUCUCUCUCUCUCUCUCUCUCUCUCUCUCUCUCUCUCUCUCUCUCUCUCUCUCUCUCUCUCUCUCUCUCUCUCUCUCUCUCUCUCUCUCUCUCUCGCUCUCUCUCUCUCUCUCUCUCUCUCUCUCUUCUUCUCUCUCUUCCUCCUCUGUUUCUCACCAUUCUAGCUCAGAGAUGUGAUUUUCCUGCAGUCACAGUGCUGAAUCUAUCAUCAGUAUGGACCUAUCACUACAGCCUUGUCAUGGGGAAUAACUCAGCCUGUUCCUCUCCUUAUUCCAAACAUUGUCUUAAAGACAUAAAAGUUAUUUUUUUCCGAAUGAAAAUGCAUUCAUAUACAUACUGUAGCUCUUUUUAUAAACUAGACUUUGACUUGAAUUACAAUAAAAAGCAAUAAUACUGAGAGUGUUUCAGAAAAACAAAAAGAAGAGAAAGAUUGGGGAAUGAAAGAGAGAGAGAGAGAGAGAGAGAGAGAGAGAGAGAGAGAGAGAGAGAGAGAGAGAGAGAGAGAGAUUGUGUCUAGGGUGUGUGUGUGUGUACGUGUGUACCAUUACCUUGAGCACCACGAGUCUGUUGUGUGCCAGGUGGUUUUAGGAUGGUCUGUCGUUUUAUCCUCUGCUGUAAAGGCUGAUGUCUAUCUCUUCCUUAUUUAAGAGGAAUAUUUAUUGAGAGCCGAGGCUGGUACUCUCUGCCAACGCAACAGUCUUUGUUUUACUGCAAAACUGGUUUAAUAAAAUCGGAGAAGCAUCA